GUGGGGGAGAAGGAGGGAGAGGAAGCGGCAGAGGCAGCAGCUCCUUUGAUAAGCAGCUUCCUGAACACUUUCAAACCCCCGGUUUCAGACCGACGUGCUCAGCGCCUGCGGCCCUGUGCCGGGACGGACGGAGCCCAUGCCUCGGGGCAGCAGCCGCUUCUCCUCUGAUGGCAACUCGAUCCCUCAGCAGCUGAGGGCCCCCCACUUCCACUCCUCGUGCUUCAGGGUGAGUGCUUCGUGGCUGCCGCAGCAUGGUCCAAGCCUGCUCGGUGUGCCACAGAGCUCAUAACAGCAGCCUGACAGCCCGGGUGGCCGGCAAAGCCAUGGACAAGGCGGACAAGCCCAGUCCCUCUGCGAAGAAGCAUGUGCGGCUCCAGGAGAGGAGGGGCUCCAACGUGUCGCUGGUGCUGGACAUGAGCUCGCUGGGCAGCGUGGAGCCCAUCCAGCCCGUGUGCACGCCGCGGGACAUCACGCUGCAGUUCCUGAGGACAUCCAGCCACGUGCUGGGGGUGGAGGAGCUGCAGCAGCGCGCCCAGAGCAUGGCACAGCUCCAGGAGGAGUUCUCGAAAAUCCCACCCAACUUCAUCAGUCCGGAGGAGCUGGAGAUCCCUGGACGCGCCUCCAAGGACAGAUACAAAACCAUCCUCCCCAAUCCUGAGAGCCGGGUGUGUCUCAGGAGAGCAGGGAACCAGGAGGAAGACGGCUACAUCAACGCCAACUACAUCACGGGCUAUGCAGGACGUCCCCGGGAGUACAUUGCCACCCAGGGGCCCAUGCUGAACACCGUGACUGAUUUCUGGGAGAUGGUGUGGCAGGAGGAAGCACCCCUCAUCGUCAUGAUAACCAAGCUCCAGGAGCGCAAGGAGAAAUGUGUCCACUAUUGGCCUGAGAAGGAGGGCACCUACGGCCCCUUCACCAUCCGUGUACAGGGGCUGAGCGAGUGUGCGGAGUACGUAGUCCGGAAUCUGUCCAUCCAGCUGGAAGGUGAAUGCCGCCACGUCAAACACAUCCUCUUCCCUUCCUGGCCAGACCAGCAGACGCCCGAGUCAGCCAAGCCCCUGCUGCGCUUGGUGUCCAAGGUGGAGGAAACUCUGCAGGCUGCAUCCAGCCCGGGGCCCAUCGUUGUGCACUGCAGUGCAGGCAUUGGCCGGACGGGCUGCUUCAUUGCUACCAGAAUCGGGUGCCAGCAGCUGAAGGACAAGGGAGAUGUGGACAUCCUGGGAAUCGUGUGCCGCCUCCGCAUGGACAGAGGCGGGAUGAUCCAGACCAGUGAGCAGUACCAGUUUCUCCAUCACACACUAGCCCUGUAUGCUUCCCAGCUGCCAGAGGCAGGGGGCCACUAGCAUUGGGCUCCACUGCUCGCUGCCUCGCUCUGAACCCCAUCAGUGCCAAACAUGGGGACAACUCUGCUGAACCUGCUCCUGCUGCACCCGGCCAUGAGCCUAAGCCUCCCUGGAGAGCAAAGCCAUCGGGAUUGUGGCCCCGCAACCCCCAGGACAAGCAGGGUUUGGGGUUUGCACAAGGAUGCAUGAUGCAGAAGAGCAAGCUGCACAGAGGGACUGAUGCAGAGAGAUCUGCCUGCUAGAAAUAAACAGAGCCUCUCCUUCAGCUGCACAUCAUCUGUGGGCAGAAGUUGGCACAUGCAGGGCUUGUUCCUGGCACACUCCUCAAUGCUCUUCUUGCUAAGGACUCACCUGGAGAAUUAAGUCCAAAGGUGCACUGCUGGCUGCCUUCUUUACAUGGCCUGCUUUCCUCUCUGCCUCCAGCCAUCGCCUUCCCACCAGCCUUAAAGUAGGGGAUACUCCUAAGUGUGUCUGCACUUUUGCAAGCAAUGUGCUCCAAAUUGCAGCCCAGCCUUGUUACACGAGGGUGGGCUUUUGUGUUCUUGGUUGUUUUUUUUUUUUUUUUUUUGUUGGAAUCAAAGCAAAAUAAUACACCCGUUUUGUUGUUUCUUUUUCACUUUGUAAAUAGAAAAGUUUCAUCCUCAACUCUGCAAUUCUCCUGUCUUGUCAGCAGCGCAGGAAGAGAGGGAAUCUCUCUGUGUGUCCCCCUACAAUAUCUCUGCAUCCUCUCUGCACCUCUCCUUGCAGCUUCUACAUUUUCAGGGAGUGAAUGGAAGAGUGGCCAUGAGCUAACACAGCAGAGCAGACCAUGCCGAGGCACGGCCUUUCAUGCUCCCAUCCAGCAGGACGUGCAACUUGUCUCAUGCUUCCAGAUGCAUAUCAAGAGGAGAGCUGCCAGGGCAGGAGCUGUGCAGAGGUUUUCCCAAGACAGGCAGGGACCCGUGGCUGGGGGGGAUGUUGUCACCCCUCUCAGGUUUCCUUUUGGGGCUGGGAGUUUUGCCAGAUGAGCUCUCUGAUGCUGAUCACAAUCAGUUCAGCAGUUUUCCUGUCUUUCAAUCUCAAUUUCUACCCACUCAAUCUGUUCAAGGCACUUAUCAGCCAUUACCACGGCACUAUCUGGGCAUCUCUCAGUCCUCCCUGUGUUUAUUCCCCGAGCACUCCUCGGGGCCAUGCUGAACUAUUGCUGCAUUAUUGCAAAACACCAUCCUAUGGCUCCUGCAAUGUCAGGGGUGAAGUCAGGUGUUCCGGCUGGUUUGGCUAUGUCAGGGUAUGUCCUGGGAAACUGUGGUGUGCCCAGCAUGCAAAGGAAAGGAAUCACUCCAAAAUCUCACACAGAAAGGAUGUCAUGUUCCCCUGUGUCCUGGGCUGAUAUAAAUUCCCUGAGCUUGGGCAGAGCUUUCAGGAAGGCUGAGAUUGCUUCUGUUCCUCAUUCCUCUCCCUUAAAAAAAGGACAUGGACACAGCUGCCUUUGUCCUUCAUGUGGCACUACUUGCUUUGCUGGAGGGGCAGGGAGCUGCAGGCACACUCCCACACUUCUCAGAAGAACAGGACAUGAGGGCAGGAUGUGCCCAAAUCCAUCAUUUUGUGCAUUCAAUAACUCCUCCCAGGCAAGCAAUGUAACCGCAGACAAGUUUCCCAUCAGCAUCUGUGUGGACUCCAAGCAGUUCACAGCCAUGCCCCACGAAGGAGAAAUGCCGAGGCACACUGAUACUCCAAGGGCAGCUCAGAGAGCUCACAGAGGCCCUGCGGCCUCCCUGACCCAGCCAGCAGUGGUGGCACCCAUAGAGGAUGAGGUGCACCGGCUGCACCCGCUCAGCACCUGAGGGAUGGGCUGACCUAGUGGCUGGGAGCACUGAGUACACUGAGGGGCGUGGGAGUAAUAUCUGUCCCUGCUGCUCUUUGGUUACCCAGGGGUUAAAGAGUGAGAUGGGGAGCAUGGAGAAUAAGCCAUCCAUUACCCCACGUUAUGGCCAGUCCGUGCAAGAAAAAGGCCUUUUUGCUCACUUGCUCACACUUGCUCAUGUCUCUCCUGGUGUGGGGAUGCGCUCACCCAGGUCCCCUCUCUGCUGUGUUUUGCCUGAAUACUGCAUUGAUAGAGUUCCUCUGGCAGGGACUGCAGUACAACAUGUGCUAUCGGGAGGCAAUCUCUGCUAACAGCGUGAGCGCUGCAGGCGUUUUGGGUGGGAACCCCCAGACUGGUAUAGGGACAUUCUCUGGGCUGAAAUCUGUUAAUAAACAUCUUCAGGCAGA